UGCGAACUCUCCUAUUGAUUGGAGAAUCCGGCUCAUUAAGAUCCGUUGGAAAAAUGUUUUCGACUUUUGUUUACUUGCGUUCACUGGAUCUGAGCAGCUGCAAUGUUUACAAUUUACCAGAAUCGUUGGGUAUUAUGAUAUGCUUGAGGUAUCUUGAUGUCUCUUACACACCUAUUCGUCUGUUACCUGAAAGCACAAGCAAACUUUGUGCUCUGCAGACUUUAAACCUUUUUGGUUGUCAUAAUCUUAGGAGCUUGCCUUUCUUAGGAGGCAUGACCGGCCUAAGACAUCUCAAUAUAACUGGAUGCCAAAGUUUGGACGGGAUGUGUACUGGUAUUGUAAGGUUACGCCAACUUCAGACAUUGCCAUUAUUUGUCGUUAGCUGGGAGAUCAUGCAUUCCGUCAUUGCCAAUAACAUCAAUGCUUGGAGGAGUCUCAGAGCUCUGCAACAUUUAAAUCUUUAUGGAAAGUUAAAUAUUAUACAGUUGGGGAGAGUUAGAAAUUCAUCCAUAGCACAUUAUGCUGGAUUGAAGACGAAGGAAAAUCUUGAGUUAUUGGGAUUAUACUGGGGACUAUACCAGGGAUUUGAAGGUUUGGACGAUUCAUUCACGAAACUACAUAAAGCCCAACAUAAAUUAGACAUCUCAGGAUCAAACAUAGGUCCAAAACAGCAUGAACCUGAUGCUAGAGUGGCCGAAGAAAUUCUUGAAGGCCUGCAACCACACAAUAAUCUGAAAAUUCUAGUUAUACAUGGGUAUCCAGGAAUCAAAUUUCCUCAUUGGGCUCUCCCUAAUAUAGUUUCAUUUAAUUUGGCCUAUUGUAGAAAUUGUGAACAUCUUCCUGCCCUUGGAAGUUUGCUGCUACUUAAGACUCUUUCUCUGCAUCGAAUGGAUGCUGUGAGAUGCAUUGGUACAGAGUUCUAUGGUGAUGGAGCAGACAUACGGUUUCCAUCACUUGAAGAACUAUCAAUCAGUGAUUUUGCAAACUUAGAGGAGUGGUCAAGUGCAAUUGAUGGAAAUGCAUUCCCUAGAUUGAAGAAAUUAACUGUCAAAAGUUGUCCCAAGUUAGCACAUAUACCCUUAUGUCAGUCACUUCAACAUUUGGAGCUGCGGGAUUGUAAUCCAACAUCAAUGCCCACAGCAAAUUUAACUCUCCUUUCUGUGCUUGUUAUAGAAAAAAUUCCAGAGCUAUCCUGUCUCCCAGAAGGGUUUUUUGCAUCAGCUCAUCUGUCUUCUCUGGAGAUCUUGUGUUGCCCCAAGCUUCAUUUACUGCCUUCAGAGAUGGGAAACCUUACUUCUCUGAAAUCAUUAACCAUUCGUUGUUGUGAACAGCUGUCCUCUCUUCCACAGACUUUGCAAAACCUCAAAUCUCUGCACUCACUAGAGAUUAGUGGUUGUCACAGUAUUAUGUCCAUGCCAGAUGGUGGAAUUGGAGGUUUGUGUUCCCUUCGGACUUUGUUCAUUGAGAGCUGCAGUAAUCUGAUUUCUCUGUCAUCAAGUUUGGAGCAUCUCACAUUCCUUGAACACUUGAGCAUUAUGAAUUGUCCAAAUCUUGGUUCUUUCCCAGAGGGUGUGCAACACCUCUCCUCUCUUCGGAGUUUGACUAUCUUGAGCUGUCCUUGGUUUGAUGCUCUGCCAAAUGGGAUACAAAAUGUCCCGACGCUGCACUGCUUGGAAAUUAUUAGCUGCCCUAAUCUAACAGUUUUGCCAGAAUGGUUUGGGAAUCUUGCUUCGCUUCGAUCUUUGACCAUAUCUGAUUGUCCUAAUUUAAAAGUACUGCCACCAGGUCAAAAGCUUCUCAAAAAACUCCAACACCUCUCUAUUCAAGAAUGUCCUGAGCUCGAGCAAAGAUGUAGACCAGGAAGUGGCGAGGAUUGGUUGAAAAUAGCACAUGUCCCACAUAAGUACAUUGGAUCACCUCAGGUCAGCCAGUCCGGUGAAGCAAGCACAUCGGGCAGCUCUUCUGUUCAAACAGCUUCUCAAUAAGCAACUUCUGUUUCAUUGUCAUCGACAAGCUAGUAUCAUUAUGUUUUGAAGCUUCUCAUUGAACUCCAGUACCUCCCUGUUCAAGAAUGUCCCAGCUUGAGUGAUGCAAGUGCAAAAUUAUUAAGAAGCAGGUAGUUGAAAAGAUACACUCAAGCCAUGUGCUUGGUGUUGGAAAAGCCAAGCAAUCUUUUAUGUUUCGUUUAUUUUGUUCGUAAUUAAGCAGUUGUUCGUUGUGUUGAUUAAGUUAACACAGGAAAACUUUGUAAUUCUAUAUUUUUAAGAAAAAUUUGUAAUAGUUAGAGUUUCUAGGGUUUUUAUGUUUAUUAUUUUGAAGAGUUGAGUGUAGUCGUCAUUUUUAUCAUAUUAUCCAAAAAAUUCAAGACCUUUCCCCAGUUUUUGGGUGGAUUCCCUACAUUCUUAUUUCUAUAUUUGAUUUCCCACUCCC